UCAUACUCCGUCGAGUAUUUAAGUAUCUCAUCGUCGUUACUAUUAUAUAGUUAAAAUAAAUUUAACAUAGAAAAAUGCUAGAAAACCAACGAAAAUUAUCUCCAGGACAUUCAACAUCAUUUUUAAUUGAAGAUAUAUUAUUCAGAUCAAAGAACAAUAGGCCAAAUCCAGAGGUGACCAGUCACGAAAGAAGUCGAAAUCAACUGCCACAAAGUCCAGAAUGUUUUCCAAUGUUACCAUCAGCAGUAGCUUCUGCAUAUUUAUCAUAUCCAGCACAUUACAUGCACAAAAAUUCUAUUGCAGAACCAUUUUUCAUUACUCCUCAAGGGGUACCAUUUGGAAGUAUUUGGGGUACUCGAUCAGAUUAUGGACACGGACAUCUAAACUCUAGAUUAUGUCGUAGACGAAAAGCUCGGACAGUGUUUUCUGAUCAACAACUAACAGGUCUAGAAAAACGUUUUGAAGUACAACGAUAUCUUAGUACUCCAGAAAGAGUUGAAUUAGCAACCGAACUAAGAUUAUCAGAAACACAAGUCAAAACGUGGUUUCAAAAUCGUAGGAUGAAACAUAAAAAACAAUUGAGAAAAGUUAACGACGAUACAGUAGUUAUAGGAAAUGAAAAACCUGCAGACAGCACAGCAAACAAAUCGUUGGCUACAGAUUAUCCUGUAGACUUUUCGUCAAAAAACUCAAUAUGUGGUACAUCCGAUACAGGACUCCAAGAGUCUAAAAUUUUAGCUCAACAAAGUAAAUUGCUUAAAAAUGACGAAAAAAGGAGUCAACAAUAUGAUCUAAGCGAAAAUUCUGAAGUAGAUGACGAUGACGAUGCUGAUGGUGCUGACGAUGAAAUUAUAGAUAUUGUUGGUGAUCAUUCCCAUAGUAUUAUGAUGAAUAGUGUGCGAAGUUACAAACAACAGCGGUAUUUUUAAUUAAAAAAUAAGAACCCUCUUUUGUAUCAUUAUUAUUAAUUAAUAAGAUUAAACAUUGCAGUAAACAGUUAGAAUUCUCAUACCUUUUAUAAUAUUUCAAACAUAUUAUAAGAAUAAUUUAUUACCUAUUUCUUAUAGAUGUAGUUGUAUUUGUGUAAUAUAUUAUUAAAAACCAUAAAAUGUCGGCCAAAUAUUAAUUAU